AUGGCCUCCUCAAUAGCAGAGCCCAUUAGUGAGUCUCCUAUUCCAACUCAUGCCGCCUCUGAGUGCCACUCUGAAUCAGGUGCGAUCAUUCGGGACAUGACGAUUGGAUUUGCCGAUGGCAUGACCGUUCCCUUUGCCCUUACAGCUGGUCUAUCGAGUCUCGGAUCUUCAAAAAUUGUCAUUAUUGGCGGCCUUGCGGAAUUGUUCAGCGGAGCUAUAUCAAUGGGACUUGGUGCCUAUCUAGCAGCUGUCACCGACCGAGACCACUACAAGAGUGAAGAGGCGCGCGAGCGUGAAGAAGUUCUCACCAAACCUAGCGCGGAAAAGGAGGAAUGUUUUGAGAUUCUCGACGGCUAUGGCAUUUCUAGAGAAGCAAGUCGGUCCGUGAUUGAUUGUCUCACUCAGGACACGGAGCAAUGGAUUCGAUUUAUGAUGGACUUUGAAUUGAAACUCGAGAAGCCUAAUGUCUCACGGGCGUGGAUUUCAGCAGCUACGAUGGGAAUUUCAUACUUCAUUGGUGGCCUCCUUCCCAUGAUCCCGUACUUCGCCAUAAAAAACACGAACCACGCUCUCUUCAUCUCGAUAGGCAUCACCGUCGUCGUUUGUAUCAUUUUCGGCUUCUCCAAAAACUACGCCAUCCUCAAAACUAAGCGCGCAGGUUUCUACGGGGCGGCACAAACACUGCUUGUAGGUGCGCUUGCUGCGGGUACGAGUUAUGGAAUCGUCUACGGGGUAGAUCAUAGCAGUAUCGCUGCAUAG